AUGCUUAUCAAUACUUCAGCAUCCUCGAGCUACGUGUCGAGCAGAAUGCGAUCGAUACAUCGGACCCCGGGAGGGAGUCCUGCUGUUUUUUUUCUGUGGACGAUUACUAGCCAAAGCAAGCAUGCCAUAGGCGCUGUAAGCAGAGCUAGCAGUGGCGCGCAAGGCGGGCUGCAGCUGGAGGAUGACCGUAUGGUGGUGGCAUACAGCAGGCUAAGGCCGAGCACGCAAAGCCAUAUUUACACCCUGUUCCAGAGCCGCGCCAAGCUUACAAACCUGCUCAUGUCUGAGAGCUGCUACUUUGGUUAG